AUGAAAGUGAUUACAUGGAAUGUUAGGGACAUAAAUAAGCUUUAUAAGCAUAGAGAGCUUAAAGUUUUUAUUAAAGAGAAUAAAGUAGGUGUAAUUGCCAUAGCAGAGCAUAGAGUAAAGGAAAUAAGAGCUGCUAAGCUCAUCAAGAAGCUGGUACCUGGUUGGAGCUGGUGCAAUAACUACAACUCAUGUCCCAAAGGCAGGAUAUGGAUAUUAUGGAACCCAAACCUGGUGGAUUUUCGAAAGCUGCAUAAACAUGGUCAGUUGAUACAUGGGGAGGUUUACAUACACUCUAUUGGGCUAAGAUUCUUAUUUACAGCAGUCUACGGGCUGCAUACAAUACAGGAUAGAAGAGGAAUGUGGAAUGAACUGAAGGGGUUAAACCAAAACAUUACUCAAGCCUGGAUAGCCAUGGGAGAUUAUAACUCAGUACUUGAUCCGGAUGACAGGAUACAUGGAAACCAAAUACAGGACAACGAAGUACAGGAUUUCAAGGAAUUUCUGUGCGAUACCCAUAUGGUGGAACUCAAAUAUUUUGGGCGAGAGUUCACAUGGACUAAUUCUCAUAUACAUAGCAAAAUAGAUAGGGCCCUUGUCAAUGCAGCAUGGAUGAAUACUAUGAAGCAGCUGGAAGUCAUGGUUAUGGACCCAUUAUUCUCUGAUCACACGCCCCUUGGAAUUCAGUUUAAUAAUUGUACAGAUGGCGGUCCCAAACCAUUCAGAUUUUUCAACUAUGUGGCUGAUCUACCCGAGUUUCAGGUGACGGUUCAGAAAAUUUGGGCAAAACCGAUGGCAAGUACUGGUAUGCAAAAGGUUUGGCAAAAGCUGAAAAUGAUGAAAGCGGAGCUGAAAAAACUCGCAACGACUAAUUCUUACAAAGUAAGUGCAAAGGUGAAGGAAGUGCGAGUAAUGUUGCAAGAUACGCAGGAGCAAAUGAGGAGUGUGACACGUGAUACGAGCCUGUGUGAUAUUGAAAAAGAUCUAAAAAUUCAACUAGAGAAAUGGAGCAAUGUAGAGGAAAGUAUAUUUAUGCAGAAAUCAAGAUGCAGUGGCUUAAAAUGGGGGAUACCAAUACUUCAUACUUCCAUGCGUGUAUGA